AUUGGCGCCUUAAUUUGGUUCCUGGUCUUAUCUGAUUGCCUCACGGAAGGUUUCCUGUUUUAAGUGUGUUGACAGUCCAGCUAGGUUUAAAUACUUUCAGUUCUGUAAUAGUUCCGAGCAGGAAAUGCUGUCCAUAUGGCACUGCAGCUGUGAUAUUGUACCACGUAGGUCACUCACUUGACUAGACGCGUUACACUGUUGCCAAGUCGGUCUCAUUAUUAACUUCCGUAGUCAGCCGGCACUGAUUCAAGAACGCCAAUCCCAUGUUUUGGUGCCCUGCCAGGCUUGAAACACAUUUCUUUGAGAUUAUUCAAGCUCGAAGGUUUCCUGUGAACGCCUUAUUGUACUGAAGAAAAUCGGGAGACGUCUUGGUGGUUAGAACUUCUCGAAUAUACGGGAUUUUUACAAGCUGAAGGCGAACGAGAGGCGAUAUAUUUUGAGAAACGUAACGAGAGGAACCCGGAGACCAACAUGAGAGUAAAAAUCGCUCUCCUCGCAUUCUACAAAGCCAUGGCCUUAUUACCGUUUCUCCUCGUCCAUCAAGUAUGCGGUGGACAGCUGCCCCCUAUCUGUCAGACCUGGAACUCCACUACCGUGGUGUGUAGAGGACAAGGCGGCCCAUGGGACUACCCAACCCGCGCAACCCUAACCCACGUACCGCCCGGCAUUCCCUCGUCUAUCGUCACCUUGGAUCUCAGCGGGAACAACAUCACCGAACUGUACCCGAACUCUUUUGUAGGCUUGACUGCUCUUAAGUACUUGUCUCUGAGCCAAAACAACAUUGCCAAAAUACACAACGGGUCUUUCAAUGGGUUGAGAAAUCUGAGGAACUUGGAUCUAUCAGACACAGGUAUUCAGGCCAUUGAGAUCGGUGCUUUUGCUGGACUUAAUAACUUAGAACGGCUGGAUAUGAGUUGUUCAACGCAACACUCAACAUUUGCUCUUCAAACUGGGCUUUUCACGGAUCUGCAAAACCUCAAAUAUCUGGCACUUGAGACCUCUACCGAGAAAGUAGAGGUUGAUGUGUUCAAAGAUCUAACUAGAUUGAGGUAUUUAUAUCUUGGAUUGAGCAGUUUAAGACGUUUGCCUGAUCACGUUUUCGAUUCCAUGACUUUGCUGGAAAACCUGACGAUGGUAGAAAGGGACAUCCAGAGCGGGAGCGAAUUCUUGCAUCGAAAUCAACUGUGGUCACCCCUCCUAAAACUUAGGACAUUCCAACUCUUCGUCCAAAGUGUUGAGAAUUUGAACUUCGGAGCUGUAUUCAGACACUUACCUAAUUUGGAGGAAAUACAGCUGUGUUCUAUUCAUGAGAGACGAGUUAGGUACAGUGUUGAAAUGUUCCUGCCACUCGUGUCAACGCUAAAACGGUUAGACCUGCGGUGUAGCGCUCACGUGUUCGUGGAGACCGAUGAUGUUCUGACCAUAGAACCCGGCCUGCUGACAUCACUCACACAGCUACAAUCGCUGGACAUCCCCUGGACUCAAUUCUCGUACAUAGCGGACGUUCUGCCCGAACUUAGACACACACAUGUGCAAGAAAUGUCCUUUGUUAUGGAUGGGAUCGACAUAAUAACAGCUGAUACUAUGUCGACAAUAAGAGGCUUGGACAAGCUGAAAACCUUAUCUAUAUCUCUACCAGACACCCAAGUCAUCAAAGCUAACUCUUUCACAAGUUUCACACAUCUACAAAGGUUGGAUUUAGCGGUAGGCAUUCUAGAUACGGUAGAAAACAAGGCGUUCAGUGGUUUAUCCUCCGUCACCCAUCUUAUACUGAGCCAUAAUAUAAUUUCUACUCUACCACAUGACGUGUUUGAAGGAUUGUCAUCUCUUCAACAUCUUGAUCUAAGCUACAACACCUUUUUGGAAACCUCGCAAGCCCGGCUUCCAGAGACCUUGGACUAUCUCGACCUGAGUCAUAACAACAUCAACAGCUACAUGAAUAUGGAAACAUUUUCUAUUGUCAUAUCAUUCAACCUCACAGACUUGAAAAGCGUUAGAUAUGUAAACCUGAGUUACAACAGAAUUUACGGUAUUGAAAGUUCAAUUUUGCCUUCUAACAUGACUGUGCUCGACUUGCAGCACAACCAAAUAGGGUAUUCCUUGCCCGAGAGUCUUUUCUCAAUUGCAGGUCUGACAUAUCUAGAUCUUUCUCACAACGACAUCAGAACUACGUCCCAAGCAACCAUACAAUCACCAACGUUAGAAACGCUUAUGUUGAAUAACAACGGUUUAGAAGGGAUUGAUGGAGAGUUUACGAAAGGACUGAAGAAACUGAAAACGUUGACUCUUUCGCACAACCACAUCCGUGUCAUAGUGAAAGAGAACUUACGGUGGUUGGUCGAUCUGGUACAACUUGAUCUUAGUAAUAACGAAAUCAGCACUUUAAAAUCACUCUCCUUCCGCGGGUUAUCAAGGCUAAAAUCCCUGGAUCUCAGUAACAACAAAAUACAAAACAUGACAGCGAUGACAUUUGCUGGAUUGGACAAGCUACGAAUCCUGAACUUGGCAGCCAACAGGAUAGCAGUGACUGGGGACGCGUUUCAUCGCUUAUACGGGCUGAGACAUUUGAUUCUUAUCAGCAACAGGUUGAGUGUUUUGAACCAAACCUCGCUGGGUCCUGUCGUUAAUCGACUGGAAAGACUUGACGUUGCAGACAACCCUUUUCUGUGUGAUUGUAAGUUAUGGUGGUUUGUUGUGAGGACCCAAGACAAGUACGAUAAGGUUUUGAACUGGUAUAACCCAUAUCCUCGCUCUUAUCAAAGCUACAAAUGCUUCCGUCCAGCGAAACUGUAUGGACAACGUUUAGUAGAUGGAAUUACAACACAAGAAGACGAAGGAAAAGCACAAGCACAAAGCAUGUUCUUUGAAAUGGACUGUAGUCAUGAAUUCCGACCCAACCGCCUCCUGGCUUGUGUGCUUGCCUCUUCGGGGAUCUUCGUCGCCAUGAUGACAGUUUUUCUUGUCGACUACAACAUCGAGCACGUUCGCUACUGCUUGUGGCUGUGGGCCAAGUGGAGAAAACCGAGGAUCGGGGAAGAAGGAAUCAACGAACAGUACGAGUACACGCACGAUGCUUUCAUUGCCUACAGCAACGAAGACGUCAAGUGGGUCAUAAACGAAGCGAUAGAGAACCUGGAACCUGACUACAAUCUGCUCAUACACGAUCGGGACUUCGCAGUCGGCGCCCCGAUUGUGGAAAACAUCGCGGAUGCCGUGGAACACAGCCGGAGAACCGUAUGCCUCAUCACCAGGAACUUCCUGAAGAGCAAGUGGUGCGAGCACGAGUUCCAGCUGGCCCAGUACCACAUGUUUGAACAGGGGGGAGGGGUGCGUCUCAUCCUGGUGUUUUUGGAAGAAAUUCCGACCAGGAUGCUGAAACGGUACCGCCACCUGAACGCUGUAGUGAAGAGGGACACGUACCUGGCGUGGCCACGGGACGUGAGGAAAAGGCCGCUGUUCUGGAGGCGGCUGCGAGACGCUCUGGGCGAGCCUCUGCCUCGGGACUCAGAGCCUCAGGAGCAGGUGUCAACUCCGGAGCAACGCAUUCCAGAACAGCAACGGAAUAUUCUGGAACAGGAACGGAAUAUUCCGGAACAGAGAGCCCAAUCUCAGAGAAAAAAUGUUCCGGGCCAGAAGGAACAAGGUAACAUUCUAGAGUCCCACGGUCAUGCUCCGGUAAGGAACAUUCCGGAACAACAGAUACUACAUCUGUUCAAUGAUACCCCGGAACAACAAGACACCAUGACUCCGGAACGUGGCAUUCUAGAGCAACAGGUACAUGUACAAGAACGUACCCAUGAGCCAAGAAACACUGUAUACCAAAGGAUGGAUUCGGAAGAUGAACUUGUAGAAUCAGAGUCAGAAGACGAUUGGUGUGGAAUUAGAAGUGACAUUCUUCUUCUACCACUGUAACAUAAAGUCACAUGCACGUACAGUCACUGUUUUGCCCGAUCCAUAUUUACGCCAAGAAGCUUAUCUUAACGACUGUCACUGGUUUGUUUAUUUGUUUGUUUGUAUUGUUGUUUGUUUGUUUGUUUGUUAGUUUAUAGCAUGAUAUAUCUCAAAACGGUAUACAUAGACUUUGAUAAUUUAGGUAGGGGUAGGCUUCUUGGUAGGCAUUGACUAAGCAAGGCAAAAAGUUUUUGUCUUCUGAUUCAUGUUCUUUCACGGUUUGAUGCAAGCACAUUGUUAAGGGAGGUCCUAACUAUUA